AUGGCAACCUACGGCGACGCCCCUGCAUUGGCUGCGCUGGGCGGCUCCAACAAGAGCCGCAACAAGAAGGCGCCCCAGGAGGUCCUCUCCGACUUCUGGGACAAGUUCCACACAAAGAAGCCCGGCAAGGUCACCUCCAUCUUCCCCCGCAGCCUCUACAAGGACAUCCUCCCUCCGUUACACCCGCGCGGUGCCCGGUCCGCCCGCAAUGCCGCCGAGAGCUACGAGGCCGCGGCCAAGGAGUGCCGCGACCGCGUCAAGCGCAUCGUCCGCGAGUGCCACCGCACCAACGCAAAGUUCACCGACCCAGACUUUGACAUUGAGCGCGACCAGUUCAGCAACUGCCUAAAUGGGCUCGUCCGCGAUUAUGGAGCCGCUGAUGCUGGGGACGCUGGUGCCGCGGCUCCGCCAGUCAAUGCCUGGGAGGUCAAGAACAGCCUGCAGACCCUCGCACAGAGCCAGAUGCUCGGCGCAAACGGCACGCUGACGGCCGAUGCCAAUGCACUGAGCCGCUUCGUCGGUGCGGACGACGGCUUCGCGUUCGGCAGUGGCGGGGUGUCGAGCGGCGAGAUGUACAACCCGGGCUCCGUGCACCGGGUCGACUGGAUCUUUGAGUCGCCGCGGUUCACCGUUGGCGGGUACUCGAGUUCGGAUAUCAAGCAGGGUGCCAACGGGGACUGCUGGUGGCUCGCGGCGGUGGCUACAAUCGCACACCGCAAAGACCUCAUGGAGAAGGUGUGUGUGGCGCGGGACGAGGAGUGCGGUGUCUAUGGCUUCGUGUUCCAGCGCGACGGCGAGUGGGUGUCGACCGUCAUCGACGACAACUUGUAUCUCACGGAGGAGGAUUUUGACUACUACGGCGAUGUGUACGACAGCACAGGCAAGCGCUCCCGUCGCCACCGCAAGGAGAAGCAGACGGGAUCCGAGGCGCUCUAUUUUGCCCGCUGUGACGACCAGAACGAGACCUGGCUCCCACUGCUGGAGAAGGCAUAUGCCAAAGUGCACGGCGACUACGAGUCCAUCUCUGGUGGCUGGCCUGGCGAGGCGGUCGAAGACAUGACGGGCGGCGUCACCACGACAUUGGCGUCGAACCGCGUGCUGCUCAAGGAUAGACUCUGGAAGGAGCUGCAGAGCAGUGGCGAUGGCGACUUUGUCUUUGCGCUGGCGGCCAUGGGCACUGGGUGGGAUCGCCAGAAGAGCGGCCUUGCCCUGGGUCACGCCUACUCGAUCCUGCAGGCGAGAGAAGAGGUUGACGAGGAUGGAAAUAAGGUCCGGCUUGUGCAGAUCAGAAACCCCUGGGGCGAGCGCUCAUGGUCUGGGCUCGGAGAAUGGAACGGCCCUUGGUCAGAUGGCUCGCGCGAGUGGACACCGUACUGGCUCAAGAAGAUGGACCACAAGUUCGGCGACGAUGGAGUCUUCUGGAUGUCGUACAAGGACAUGCUCGACACGUUCAUGUUCCUGCACCGCACCCGUCUAUUCGACGACCGGUGGACAGUCGUGCAGCAGUGGACCAGUGCUAACGUAUCGUGGAUCACGGGCUACCUGCAGUCCAAGUUCGAGAUCGAGGUCAUCAAGUCUGGCCUCGUCGUCAUUGUUCUCACCCAGCUCGAUGAGCGAUACUUUACUGGUCUAGAGGGCGAGUACACAUACAGCCUGCACUUCAUCCUCCAAGCUGCGCCAACGGGCGACAGCAGCGACAGCUCGCCCCAGGAACACAUCUGCCGUGUGCGGCCCAUCCACGACUGGGAGAACCGCAGCGUCUCGUGCGAGGUCGAGCUCGACGCGGGCAAGUACUACGUCCUGCCCAAAGUCACGGCCAAGCGCAAGGAGGGCUCAAAGCCUGUGGAGCAGGUCGUCAAGGAGUACGCCGACCGCAACCCACAGAAGCUGCGGCAGAUCGGGAUGCAGUAUGACCUCGCGCACGCCCGUGGUGGCGUGCCCGAUGAGGACGAGCUGCUCGUCUCGAAGAAGGAGCUGGCGAAGAAGAAGAAGGACGCCAAGAAGAAGAAGCUCAAGGAGAAGAACCGCAAGGUGCUGAGACAGGCGGCCAAGGCGAUGGAGAAGGUUGCCGUGGCUAUUCAGGAGGCCACCAAGGAGGAGGAUGGCGCCAAGGCCAAGAAAGACGAUGGUGCUACGAGCAAAGACGAGAAGGAGAGCAGCGAUAAGAAGAGUGGCGACGCCACUGCUACUGCUACCUCUGCAUCGUCGGCUGCGGCACCAGCCACAGCGCCAGGGGCUGCUCCAGGCUCGGCUCCUCCUUCGCAGACGCCCGUGGAGGCCGCGAAGGGUGAUGUGGCCGCCAGUACUUCCGGUGCACCCCCCAAGGAUGCGCCACCGCCUGCUGAUAAAGCAGCCGAGGAGAGCAAGGCUGCAGAAUCAUCCUCUUCGUCCGAGGCCACUACGACUGACACGCCCACCACAGAGACUGAGGCUAAGAGCGACGUUGCAGCGGACGGCGACGCAGCUGAAGGAACCGCCGCCCCCACCACAGAAGACCCUGUGCCACCGGCAGUAGAGGAUGCUCCUCCAGUGGAAGAGUCCGAAGAGGAAGAAAGUGACGAUGACGACGAGACUCCCGACGCGGCAGACGACGAGGACACGCCGGCGGCGCCGUGGAAUGCCGUGGUAGUGAUGGGUCUGCGAGUGUAUGCGCGCGACGCACAGGUCAGCGUCAAGCUGAUCCAGGCCGAGACGGUCACCGAGGCCACCGCGUUGACUGUCGAAGGGCAGCCUGCUGGUGCUACAAUGUAG